UUUUCAGCAUAUCAAUCCGUGAGAUAAACGCUUUUAUUGUUUUGGAUUAAAGUCAGAGUUUAUUUUAAAAUAAAAUUAACCAUAAUGCCGAUUUACUGCAGACUCUGUAAUGAGGAAAUACAUAAUCGUAAUGCCCCAAACAUUUUUGAAGGGGAGCAUAUUGACAUCCUUAAGAAUGUUGCAGCAAUCACAGGAAUUAGGUUACUGAACCGGCCACAAAUUCCCCAACACAUUUGCGCCAGCUGCCAUUUAGAUUUAAAUCACUUAAUGGUGUUCCGAGAACGUUGUAUUAAAACUCAAAAAACAUUGUUAAAAUCCAUGGAUAAGUCAAAUACGCCACAAAAGAAUCCGGACCCAUUAAACACUUCGACAAGGAAAGCCGCGGAUUCCCCGGUUCAAGCCAAGCGUGCUAUUGUGAAAAUUGUCGCAGAACUACCCCCUAAAAAACAAGCAACUAGUGAGACAAUGACUCCAUCUCCAGUAUUGGCCGAGCCUGAUUUCAUCACUCUACCAGAGUCAACGUCGUUGCCAUCGAAUCAGUCAUCUGGCAAACGGAAACGCGUUCCCGCUAGUGGAGUUCCCGAACUGGUUUGUGAUAAGUGCGGUAAAUGCUUCAAGGAUCCCAGCAAUCUUAAACUUCAUCUGGUGCGGCACACGGGAGUAAAGAAUUUUGAAUGUGCCCUAUGCGGUGAGAAGUUCUUUAGUCAGCAUUUACUUAAUCUUCAUGAUCGUGUGCGACAUCAAGGAGAGCGACCCUACAAAUGCAAAUUCUGCGGACUUCAAUUUUUAACCAGCACAGCCCGAUGUCGACAUGAAAGGAUCCGACACAUACGAACACUCAGUUUUAAAUGUAAAUACUGUGAUAAGGGAUUUAUUGUUCAAUCUGAUCUCAAGAAACAUGAAUUUCUUCAUUCUGGAGAGCGACCACAUCGUUGCGAAAUAUGUAAUAUUGGUUUCCCAAGGAGUACAAAUUUGAAACUUCACUUUCGUUCCAAAACGCAUCAAAAGAAAGCCAACGCCGCAUCGGUCGAUCAAAGUUAUGAUGUGGACGAUGAAAUUAAUUAUAAACUUAUAUACCCAGAGGAUGACGAAAAUUGUAUGACAGAGACUUUAAUCGAAGAAUAUGUUGAAUAAAAAAUGACCGUGAUACGGGAAAACAAUUUUAAUAUA